AUGCUGACCACCCGCCCUGAUUCUGUCUGGGUCUCCGACGCGCCAGGACUUCAGUUCCCAGUGGGGCGCAUCCACAGGCUGCUGCGCAAAGGCAACUACGCAGAGCGUGUCGGGGCAGGCGCCCCGGUCUACUUGGCCGCGGUGAUGGAGUACCUGGCCGCCGAGGUGCUGGAGCUGGCGGGCAAUGCUGCGCGCGACAACAAGAAGACCAGGAUCAUCCCGCGUCACCUUCAGCUGGCCAUUCGCAACGACGAGGAGCUCAAUAAGCUCCUGUCAGGCGUGACCAUUGCCCAGGGUGGCGUUCUGCCCAACAUUCAGGCAGUGCUGCUGCCCAAGAAAACCGAGAAGAAAGCCUAAGCCCCUUGUUUGCU